UCUGUAGCUUCUCUAGAAGAAAGAGAGUGAUGAGGCGUCCCGUAUACGGCCAGGACUGUUUACUUGGGAAUUUUUCGUCCCAGUUCCGCGCAAUGUGGUGCAGCAGUGCUGCGUGGUGGCAUGUAGCUGGAAUUCAUAAGGAAGAUGUUCGGGGGAUUGGAGGUGUGUGGAUUUCAAUUUUUGAUAAUUGUUCGUGAAAAGGUUGAGGGGGUGUACGUUGGAUGCAGCCGUGCAUAUCCCGCCAGAUUGGAACUUUUCUUCGCAGAUGUUUGGGCGGUAACAUCGGCAUUCGUCUAUUUUUUAAUCUGGCGAUGCUCGUUGGGCAUUUCGGGGACUCUCCGUUUGCCGAGCGAGAGACCGUUCGUAGCUCCGUUAGUUUGUACUGUUCGCUUCUUGUGUCGUUUUUGAUAGAGGGCGGUCCUGUAGUCUUCAUGUGGUUGGUGAUAAGCGGAAGCCUUGAGUUUAAGUUCCAUUGGAGCAUUAGAAGCGGGGAACAAAGUGCGGAAUUUUAUCAACUGCUGGCAUGCCCAUGUCUGUCUCCGCGCACUCUUUAUCGUGUGCGUUGUCUGGCGAGUGUCGUCUGCUACAUUGUGCAGGAAGGUGGACUUACGCUACACUGGGUUGGCAGGCCCUGUCGGGAGGGGCAUGUGUUACUUUGUCAGAGUUUAGAGUAUAUGUCUGGUUAAUGUUGGUUGAAGAGUCUUGGUUCCAACGUCUUGCAGGAUGAUGGACAGGUUGAACAGUGUGUUCGCUUUUCGGAGCAGUAAUCUGUGGCUCCAUCAGGAAGAAGAUAGUGUCUUUCAUACGGCCUGUUCUGCACUACUGGCAAGAACGGCGGAGCUUUUUGGCCCAAAUUUGAGCAGUACAGAGAGACGUUAUAGCUGGCACAGUGUUGUAUGAGACGCAUGGUGCAAGCCUCUUACAUGAUACAUCUGUAACGAAAGAAGUCCGAGUUGCUUUCUGAGCUCGUGUGUUGCCAUGGUAGUUUGUGACUGUUGUGUUUCUCAAAUAUUCAUACGAUCGGAAGCAGCUAUAGGCCAUGCUAAGACGCGCCCCUCUUUAGUCCAUUAGUCAGACCAUGCACGGACAAGUGUCGUCAAGAUGUUCACGAUUUCUUUUAUUUGUCAGCGAAUACAUCAAUAUCUCUUCAGCGAGGAGGAAGAUAGACUCCGACAUCGUGAAUGGAGCAUUCUGCGACGAGGUCUGUAAUUAAAACAGCCGAACCUGGUCGGCGGGUGCGCAACAUUCAAGUCUAGGCUACCGAAGCAACAUCUGUAACUGUGCGCGGACCAUCAGUAUGUGCUCUGGGGGAGACGACGUCACUUCUUGCAAUAUGGACGAUCCGCUGGCGAACGAGAUGCCGAUUGCCUCUCACUCGCAAGAUGACAUUCAUUCUGAAAUAGCGGGCUCUCUGUUUGAACUCACGUCCCACCCCAAGGAUUACAUGAUGAAGUUUGUUUGCGACGCGAACGGUGAACAGCUGCCAAUUUUGUCAGAAUAUUUCAGUGUAGCACUUACAUUUGCUGCACUUGGGGGGCUCAUCCGUGGUAAAAAAGGAACGCCACAUCUCGAGCUCAACCCGAAAUUCCAAAGAGUGGGGCUGCAAGUUAUGUUAAAGAAUGCCAUGGACCGACUACAGUUGCUCGCCCUCAAUGCACAGGAAUUGGAGAAGAAGGUAAUAGACGGCAAGGAAGGUACUCGCAAAGAUGCUGAAGCGUGGGAUGCCGAACGACGAACCCUCGUACAGAGGUUGUCUCUUGCCGAAGCACAAAUUGAAAGUGUUAAAAAAUGUCGACACGAGGACGCCAAGGCCAACGAAAAAGUCGUCGGUAUCUUUGCCUCUCACGAACAGGCUUGGAUAAACGAGAAGAAGAAGCUCAAACGAGAGAUUGAACUUCUUAGGAACGAGAUUGUUGUCAUACGUAAACGUAAUGUACGCAAAGUUGAUGAGGGGAAAGGAUGCGAAGAGUGCAGAUUAAAAGUGCAGGAACUUGAGAAGCUCGAGGACAAGCUUUGCGAGAAAGAAUUCCUUCUGGCUGCUGCAUCGGACGAAGCUCGGUCCGAUCAGCGUGAGCGCAACCAAUUAGCUGGAAAGCUGGCCAUGAUGGAGUCAUGUGUCUCGAAUUUGAAGGAGAAGAUUUCAAAAGAGACGGCGAAGAAUAGGGAAUUACAGGCGGUGAUUGCGGAUAUCUCAGACAAGCACGAAGAGGCAGAGCGCAUGCUGAAGUGUGCAACUGCAGACCUUGCAAGUAUGACUGGAGAGGUUAAAUCUAUGUCUGAAGCGAAUGUCAAAAAAAAUGUUAUGGUUGAGGAGCUUUCGGACGACCUUUUAAAACUCCAAAAAGAUAUUGAUGACAAGGAGGAGGUCAUUUCUGUGAUAUUGAAGAAGUCCGACAUCGACCGAAAAGAAAGAGAGGAUCUUCUGCUUGAACUUGCCCAUGUCAAGUCCAAGCGUAAAGCAGCUGAGUAUGAGAAAGAUAGGUGGAAGAGGCUGGCCGAGGAACGCGCACGCACCUGCUCUUCAGGAUCGAACGCCCUGAAAUCAAGGCGCAGCUUGGGUAGCAAAACUGAGUUGGACAAACUAUCUGAGAUUCGAAGAAGUUGUGAUGAGGAGGUUCACGGCCUUAAAUCUAUGUACAUGACCAAGUUGGAAGCGCUCCAAGAGCAGCUGAAUAGUUAUGAAGAGAAGGUGGCAUUGCUGGAAUCAAAAAUCGUGGUUCAUAGCGUAGUGAAUCAGAAGCGGAAACCGAAGCAGGAAGUUCCAAAUCUAGCUUGUGUGAAUGCAAAAGAGUGUGAUAAUCGCUAUGAUUUGGUGACACUUCUAGAGUCUGUCGCGCCUGAGGUGGAUAUGAUGCUCUUCAAACGGUUCAAUCCUGAAAUUCAAGAGGUUCCAGUGACUGCUGCAUCUUUGAAAGAUUGGCUGGAGCAGUGGCUUGAAGCUGUGAAGUCUCACCACGCUCAACAUUUAGAGCAACGGCAUUGGCGAGAGAUUGAUGCGUUUGAAAGACAGAUGAGGCUAAAAGACGAGAGGGUUGAGUCUUUCCGUUGGCAGUUGCUGAGUAUGGAGUCCGAAUGCAGCAAACUAAAAUCGGAGCUUGAGAUGCUGAAAAGCAGGUUGGCAAUUGCCGUUGAUGAGAAGUGUAGGGCAGAGAGAGCAGUUGAAGUGAAGGACACGGAGUUACGUGCAUUGAUGAAAACUGUGUUGCCAAAUUGUGAGGACCUAUCAUUCCCUGAUUCCUGUUUGGAGAAGCUAAGCCCACAAGAAGCUCAGCAGAAAGUUCUGGUUUUGUUACAUAAAGAGCUCAACGAUGCCAAGAAGAAAUUAGAGGAGGCUGAAGUUAAGCACCGAAAGAAUCUGUUGAAAGUCUCAGAGGAUUGCGAAGCAGAGAUCAGGCAAAAGGAUCAUCAUUUGGCUGUUGUGGAGGCUAGGUUGUGCCAGCUAAUAAUUCAGAGUCACAACGAUAAACGUUUCAGGCCUGAUGGAGCCUCUAACGGUCUUCCUGGAGAGACUGUUCCUGAAAAAGUAUACAAGGUUGCAGUCGCUAGAGCUCAGGAGAUGGAUGUCAAGAAUGCAAUAAGCAGUGCAUGCAUUGAAGUAGAGAAAUUAGCUGAAAAAGUUUCGGAGGUUCGAAAGCAAAUGAUGGAAUCGAAUGACAAUUAUACUAGUCUAGAGGAACUUUGUCACCAAGCCACAGCGGUUUCAAACUCAGGGAAAAAACUGUCUUUGCUGAAGAACGCAAUUUCUAUUAAGGGGCUAGAUGAUACUAGGGCUACUUUGUUCAAUGAUUACCAGCCAACCAUCUUGCAUCUUGAACCUAUUAGGCUGGCAUCACAGAACCUUUCAAGUAGCAAUUCUUUGGUACCAGCUGCGGAUCAAGUUUUUCUUGACCAACCUCAAUUUCCUGUUGAUGAAGCAUCAACUUCAGGGGCUCCCGAGGCAGAAGUAUCAGACGAUUAUAUAUCCUUAGAUACUGAGGCCGAAAUCACUUCGAAAAGAAAUCCCAGCGACGGUGGUAUGAUUCUUCUAGAAUCAAACUCUGAUGUAGUGAAGAUCACAGACAGUGGCGAGGUCACAGAUGUAGGGGUGUUGAUGGGGAGGGCAGUAAGUUCUUCGAAGACUGACAGGAGGAAAACACUUAAGGAAUUCUUCCUCGAUUCGCCCCCUGAGUUGGCCGUGGAGAAUAUUUUUCAAGUCCCGCCCUCAAACAUGAAUUCAAAGAAGAUUAUCUCGAGGUUUUCAAGUCAGAGUGUCCUACAAGUUGAGAAAAACACCCUUUCGGAAAUCUCUCCCCAACAGAGAAAUCCAGGUAUAGAUGUGACCAAUCUUUCACAAAGAGCGGCUCCGAACUUCGAUAAAAUAAAGAGGAGAAGCAAGGAGUUCAAGAAGUCCAGGGAGGAUACUCAUGUCUUAGGCUUGGCGUUGGAGUUGCAGAAUAUUGAAGCACAAAUACUCCAAAUUGACAAAAGGAACGACAUUGGUCAAUUGGCUGUGAAUUUUAACUCCAACGCUGAAUCCAUGCCCAAAAUCACCCCUUCAAAGAGAAUUAAUAAGCGAUACGCAGCAUUGACGGGAAAAGUUGGUUUUCUUGCUAAGCAAAUGGGGUUGACCUCAGAGAAAAGUCCUGACAUAGUAACUGAUAACCCUCUGUACAACAGAAGGCCGACUGCAGUAGAGAUUCAUAACCUACAACAACGCGCCGAGGCCGUAUUCCAAAGUCUGGCAUCAUUUGAAACUCAGGAAGACGUUAAUCCCGUUGAUGAAUCUGCUAGUCACCAGAUUGGAUAUUCUGAAGAGCAUCUGGUCGAUACCGUGAAUGCUCAUCUAUCCCUAAUUCAAAGAAGUUUGAGGUCGAAAGUUGAGCCCUUCAUUGCGCAUCAACAGUCCACACAUCCUACCACGACAUCCCUGGAGGAGAGAUUGUGAACGGAUGUCUGUUUGUUCUACUCAUACCUGGGUGUCAGCCUCGUAAUCUAGUUCUCUGAAGUCCUAGAUUCAUAACAGCUCCCUACGCACAAGAACGAUGAUCAGUCAAGUUGUAGGGGGGCUAAUGUUGAUGGAGCAAUGGAAUUCACGGGCACAAUAAUUCAUCAUGCGUGAAGCUGUAAAACGUAGUACUUGUACUCCUGGAUUAGGUAGUGCAGUAGGUUUGGACGCGGUUGUAAGAGCGGAGAUUUCUUACUGAUAUUUCUUGAUGGUGUAGAUGGAAUCCAGCAACAUUAUGGAUAUAGAACAGUUAGGCACAUGAGUAAGAAUUCUCGAUUCAUUUGUUGAUACAAGCAGAUUGUUGGCUGACUAUGGUAGCAGACUUUUACCAUGAAAGCAUACCUCAAUUUUUUCAUUUUGUCAGUGUCUCUUACAUUACCUGCUGUCAAUCGUAUUGACAUCUCUCAUCCCUGUAAACUAUUUUCUAUAUGUACAGAAGAUCCUUAUAAAAGGCCACCGCUUGAUUAACUGGA